UGUCGCAUGUUUGGUGACGUCCAAUAAUCGACUUGCUCUGAAGUCUCCGGGGCCGAGGCCUACAGACUUUUUCUUUUGUAACGCUCGCUCUUCAAUUUUAGUUUCAAUGCCUAGAUUUCGGUGCCCGUUUUGACCGGGUGUGAACCGAUGAAGCACUUUAUCCUGUGAUCGAAGCAGAAACGGUCGGAAACGUUAGCCAGCUAACUGUAGCUACUGCUAACUGCCAGCGAGGAAGUGAGGAACGAAAAAAUGACAUCUCGGAGGUGGUUUCACCCCAACAUCACAGGUGUGGAGGCCGAAAACCUCCUUCUGACUCGUGGAGUGGAUGGGAGCUUUUUAGCCAGACCCAGUAAGAGUAACCCAGGAGACUUUACCCUCUCAGUACGGCGAAAUGGAGCCGUCACCCACAUUAAGAUCCAAAACACAGGAGACUACUAUGACCUUUAUGGUGGGGAGAAGUUUGCCACUCUGGCAGAGCUGGUGCAGUAUUACAUGGAGCAUCACGGGCAACUGAAAGAGAAAAACGGAGAUGUUAUUGAGCUCAAGUAUCCACUCAACUGCGCGGACCCCACCUCAGAGAGAUGGUUCCACGGACACUUGUCAGGCAGGGAGGCGGAGAAGCUGCUGACGGAGAAAGGGAAGAACGGCAGCUUCCUGGUGAGAGAGAGCCAGAGCCACCCGGGGGAUUUCGUUCUGUCAGUCCGUACUGGAGAUGACAAGACAGACAGCAGUGACAGCAAACCUAAAGUCACUCACGUCAUGAUCCGUUGCCAGCAUGACCUGAAGUACGACGUGGGUGGAGGGGAGAAGUUUGACUCCCUUACCGACUUGGUAGAGCACUACAAAAAGAACCCUAUGGUGGAAACUCUGGGCACUGUGCUUCAGCUCAAACAGCCCCUGAACACUACUCGUAUUAACGCCGCAGAGAUUGAAAGUCGAGUUCGGGAGCUGAGCAAACUAGCGGAGGCCACAGACAAGGUCAAACAGGGCUUCUGGGAAGAAUUUGAGACCUUGCAGCAACAAGAGUGCAAGCUGCUCUACAGUCGCAAAGAGGGCCAGAGAGCAGAGAACAAAAACAAGAACAGAUACAAGAACAUUCUGCCUUUCGACCACACUCGUGUGGUGCUGAAAGACAGGGACCCGAAUGAGCCAGGCUCUGACUACAUCAACGCCAAUAUCAUCAUGGUAGUAUCUGCUGUCAUGCCGGAGCUGGACUCUAAGUGUAACAGCACCAAGGUGAAGAAAAGCUACAUCGCCACUCAGGGCUGUCUGCAGAACACCAUCAGUGACUUCUGGAGGAUGGUGUUUCAGGAGAACUCUCGAGUCAUUGUCAUGACCACCAAAGAGGUGGAGAGAGGAAAGAGUAAGUGUGUGAAGUACUGGCCGGACAUGUCGGCUCUGAAGGAGUACGGUGCGAUGCGUGUUCGCAAUGUCAGAGAGACAGCUGCACACGAUUACAUCUUAAGAGAACUCAAACUGUCCAAAGUUGGACAGGGCAACACAGAACGUACAGUGUGGCAGUACCACUUCAGGGCCUGGCCGGACCACGGAGUCCCCACUGACCCAGGCGGUGUACUCGACUUCUUAGAGGAGGUCAACCUGAAACAGGAGAGCAUACUGGACGCUGGGCCUAUAGCGGUACACUGCAGUGCAGGGAUCGGGCGGACAGGAACGUUUAUAGUGAUUGACAUCCUGAUAGAUGUGAUCAGAGAAAAAGGGGUGGACUGCGACAUCGACGUGCCAAAGACCAUCCAGAUGGUUCGUUCUCAGCGCUCUGGGAUGGUGCAGACUGAGGCGCAGUACAGAUUCAUCUAUAUGGCUGUACAGCACUACAUAGAAACAUUGCAGAGACGCAUAGAGGAGGAACAGAAAAGUAAGAUUAAAGGGCGCGAGUACACCAACAUUAAGUACUCUUUGUCUGACCUGACUGGAGGAGAGCAGAGCCCUUUGCCUCCUUGCACUCCUAUUCCCACUCCCACCUGCACAGAGAUGAGGGACGACAGCUCCAGAGUGUAUGAGAACGUGGGCCUGAUGCAGCAGCAGAAGAGCUACAGAUGAGAUUCACCUUUGACCACAGUGCUCUAUCAGUUCCAGGAUCUUGAUACCUGACAGUUUUUUCGCCAGCCACACCUUGACGCCUGAGACUUGACCGUAAUGACAUGGAACAAUGGAAAAACACACACACACACACAAAAACAAAAACGUGAGAGAGACCAGACACCAGGGUCCUCCUGUUCUCGCUCAUCUUACAUGAACAUUUGCCCUCUAGUUGAAUUCUAAACCACUGUGAUCAUCAGAAGAGCCUUUGAGAAGCCUAACAUGCUAAAUCCCCUACUAAACCACAGUUUGGGUUUAGCCUUUGUAAAUCUCACCCCAACAAGGGCUGCCAACAGCGAGCACUCUCCUCAGAGGGAACAACCUAGCUAACCUUUGCUCAUCUCUCAUUUUUCUAUGUAUUGGUUUUUUUUUUUUUUUUUUUUUUUUUUUAUUAACCAAAGGAAGAUUAUGUAGAUUGUUUGUAGAUGGAAGUGAGGAGUUUUCUGAAAAAGGCCUGUGCCAAAAUCACGAAUGAUUUCACCCACAUUUCUCAGCCAAUUAAGUCUCUAUUCGGCCUGUUAAGCCUUUAAAGCAGUGGGAGACGAGACCUUAUUUGUGUACAAAAGUGGGGCAAAAUUUCCAGUGACUAUUGUCUAGUUUUCACUAUAUAGAGUAAUGUUUCUGAAUGAAGAAAUAUUGGCAUCGUAGUGUAAUACCAUAUUUACUGUUUAUUUGUAAUCCACUGACUUCUAAACAUAAAUUCCUUGUUUGUUUUUUUGCACCAGAACUGCCUCGAAGACAAACUUUAAUCCAGGCUGUUCGGAGUGUGUAAUUAACUUUUUUGUUGUCAAGUUUAAUGUGCUUUUGUUUGGAUGCACAGUGUCUGUUAGUUAACCAUUCCUGAGCUCAAGCCGAAUGCCCUUAUUGCUGCACUUUUAUUUAGCAGCAUAACAGUUACAGUCAAGCCUUGAUUCACCUGUUGGAUUUAUAAAUAAUCUAAUCUGGGGUUUAGAGAGGAGUUGCUGGGGGGGGGGCACAUGUUUGAUUUUCACCCCCCUUCAUGCCUGCACUUCUAUGUCAAAGCCAGUGUGAUGACAUAUUAAGAUUUCAGGGGAGUCUCUUGUGUAUCUCAGUUUCAGGCAUCGCCACAGACGCACGGCUGCCAAAAAAACUUUGUUUUUUAAGGGUUUUUUUUUAAAAGUGCAUAUUGCUUUUGUUUUUCAUUCUUUCUUGUUUCUUCUUUUUUUUAAUUUUUUUUUAAGAUGAAUGCCUUUUGUGUACCAUGGCCUAUUUUGAGCACCACAUGUACUUAAUUUUAAGAGUCACUGUUUUAAGAAGCAAUCGCACAUCUCUCAGCGUUGGCAGUAUAGAUAGUCAUUGUUGUGGUUAUAGAUUGUUGGCCCUGUGAUAGUCAGCUGGAUUCAGUAGUUUGUACACACACACACACACACACACACACACACACACACACAGGUUUCUAUAGGAGAGUAUUUUCUUGUCUUUCUUUUAUUGUUAAUCAAAGUAACCAUUUAAAGGAACAGUUUGACAUUUAGGGAAAUUUGCUCAUUCACUUUCUUGCAAAAAGGUUAGAUGAGAAAAUCGGAAGAUUGAUAUCAGCUUAACGGCUGUGUGCUAAAUAUGAAGCCACAGCCAGCAGCUGAUUAGCUUAGCUUCGCUUAGCUUAAAGACUGGGAACAGAGGGAAAUAGCUAGCCUGGCUCUGUCCAAAGGUGACGGCAAGACUCCAGGAAGUCACUGCUCCCGGUCAACUUGACAUUUUUACAUUGAUAUGCUGGCAGUUGGGGAAAUCAGCCUUUCGACGAGAAGAUCGAUACUACUCUCAUGUCUGUAUGUUACAUAUGAAGCUACUGCUAGCAGCUGAUUAGCUUAGCGUAGCUUAGCUUAAAGACUUUAAACAGGUGGAAACAGCUGGCCUGGCUCUGUCCAAAGGUAACAAAAUACACCUACCAGCAACCCUAAAGCUCACUAAUUAACGUAAUAUCUCGUUUGUUUAAUCUGUACAAAAACAGAAAUGUAAAAAGUCUUUAUGCUAAGCUAAUCACCUGCUAUCUCUAGCUUCAUAUUUAGCGUACAGAUAUGAGAGUGGUAUCGAUCUUUUCAUCCAACUCAGCAAGAAAUGCAAAUAAGUGUAUUUCCCAAAAUGUCGAAUUAUUCCUUUUGUCUUCAUCUAUACAAUCGGCUGCAGUAUUUAGGGAAGUCCGAUGUUCUGGAUCUGUAUUAUCCUUCUAGUGGGAAUCCACAACACUCAUUUCAAACAUGUGGCCUGAAAGUAUUUUCUGUUGUCAAGCCUUCUCAGCUUCUGCACACUUGCUUACCAUCGCUACGCCUUGAGGAACUGCAGUCUUGCGAUUGAACUUAUUGUAACGGCGCUGACUCAGAAUCUCUCAAUUGAGAAAAGGAAGAAGCGGCUCUCCUCUUUUGUCUUGAGGGACAGUUCUCAACAACCACUGAUCCAGGACUGAACAGCCUCUUUCUGUAACAUUUAAAAAUCAUGAAAUCAGUGUUUUGUUUUUUUUUCGGGGGCUGCUUCCUCCCACCGGUGGACUCUGCUAACACCCGGCUGCUGCUUCUCAGCAAGUGUUCUUUGAAAUUAUUCUUCUCCUCCCGGGUGAAUGCCAUCCACUGACUGAGAUCUUCUGUAGUGUGGUGUAUUGUAUGCAGUUUUAUCGUCAAACGGAUGAGUUUGUACUUGUGUGUUGUUUCGUGGAGUGCUUGCUUGUGGUGUUUUGUGUCCUGUGGUGAGUGUGUGUGUGUGUGUGUGCGCGUGCAGGGAUGUGUUUAUGUGCUGUGAGAGUGCGGCUGCCUGUCAGCCAUAUGUUCUUGGAUACUUUAUUGUUUUUGUUUUCUUCCCAGAUGAUAAAACUGUAUUCCAUUUAUUAUGUAAGCAAUUUAGAUGCAUAGACGUGCCUUCUAUGCAUAUGCCUAUGUGUAUGUGAUAGCUAUUAAAAAAAAAACAAAACAGUGCUCUUUAGUUCCACCGCCAUUCAAGAACCUGUAACACUUAAAUGUGAAUUCUUUCAUCCUGAACAAAAAAGGAAAAACGGUGAUCGCAAUGCAAACAAACUAUAUUUUUUAACAUGUAUAUUGUACAUGAGUACCUGGUAGAGGAGAAUGUACUUACUAAAACAUAUCUACUUGCCAAUAAGAUAUACUGUGUGUAUAUUCCUACAGCUUUCUCUCUGUGACACAGGGAGGGACCUCUCACAAAGCUUAAGAGGUUUAUUGUAUGACUUUCAAUGCAGUUAACCAUGUUAACUUCCUCAAUAACAAUAAAUGGCAGACUCAUGCCACAUUAAAACAG